AUGAGUAUAAUCAUAUUGUAUUGGUUAAAUCAAAUAUACGAAGAAUUCUACCACACAAUAAAUAACGCAGACUACGAAAAAGACUUGAAAUGGUGGUCGAACAACCACGGCGUCAAUAUGGCCAUGAAUUGGCCGCAAUUCGAGGAGUACACUGAGGAAUUUCGUGACAUCCACAAAGGCAAAUCCAAAGAUAGUUCACCGUCGGGAAUCACUUUGAUCCAUCAGCGACCAGUGGGAGAAGAUUUGCAUGAUUACUCGACUCAGAAAUCUAUCAAGAAGGAAGUGCCAAACAAAUCCUCAACUGUGGUAACACAGAGUACUGAAGUUAAGCCAAGAAUAGAAGCUAGCAAUAGUCCUUCCAAUACAAUAACAAAUGGUUCAGCGAAUAAAGCGAAUGAAUCAAAUCCGUUUGAAGAAGAGGAAUGGGAAGAGAAUGACGCCCUUGUAGACCAUGGUGAACCGGGUGUUCCGGUUAAGGCCUUAUACGAUUAUGACGGAGCUGAAAACGAUGAGCUUAGUUUUAAAGUUGGGGACGUUUUUGAAAAAUUGGAGGACGAAGACGAGCAAGGUUGGUGCAAAGGGAGGAAAGACGGCCGAGUUGGUCUCUACCCUGCCAAUUACGUCGAUGUGGUUUCUCACUAA